AUGCCGGAUUCGUACCUGCCCAAAGACUUUCUGUGGGGAUUCGCGACCGCAAGCUAUCAAAUCGAGGGCGCGCCCCAUGAAGACGGCCGGGCGGACUCCAUCUGGGACAGCUUCUGCCGCAUCCCCGGAAAGAUUGCUGGCGGAGCUUCGGGUGAUGUGGCUUGCGACUCCUACCAUCGCACAGAUGAGGAUAUCGCGCUCCUGAAGGAAACUGGAGCUAAAUCCUACCGCUUCUCGCUCUCGUGGUCUCGUAUCAUCCCACUCGGCGGCCGGAAUGACCCCGUAAACGAGAAGGGGCUCCAGCAUUAUGUCAAGUUUGCCGAUGACCUGCGUGCCGCGGGUAUCGAGCCCAUGGUCACGCUGUUCCACUGGGACCUCCCCGACAACCUCCACAAGCGCUACGGCGGUAUGCUGAACAAGGACGAGUUCGUCAAGGAUUAUGAGAAUUACGCUAGGGUCUGCUUCAAAGCCUUCGGCUCGAAAGUCAAAUACUGGAUCACGUUCAACGAGCCGUGGUGUAGCUCCAUCCUCGGCUACGGCACGGGAUUGUUUGCGCCAGGACGCUGUAGCGAUCGGAGUAAAAGCGCGGAGGGUGACAGCACCACAGAGCCCUGGAUUGUGGGGCAUUCGUUAUUGAUUGCCCAUGGCGCGGCCGUAAAGGCUUAUAGAGACGACUUUAAAGCCAAGGAUGGCGGUCAGAUAGGAAUAACCCUGAACGGGGACUGGACAGAGCCCUGGGAUCCGAACGACCCGAAGGACGUCGAAGCAUGCGACCGCAAGAUCGAAUUCGCCAUCUGCUGGUUCGGUGACCCGGUCUACUUCGGAAAAUACCCCGAUUCCAUGCGGAAGCAGCUGGGUAGCAGACUCCCAGAGUUCACGGCAGAAGAAGCUGCUCUCGUCAAAGGCAGCAAUGACUUCUACGGUAUGAACCACUACUGUGCCAACUACAUUAAGCACAAGCAGGGCGAGCCAGAACCCGAAGACCAUGCUGGCAACCUCGAGAUCCUAAUGCAGAACAAGGACGGAGAGUGGAUUGGUCCAGAGACUCAAUCUGUUUGGUUGAGGCCGAUGCCUCUCGGCUUCAGGAAACUUAUGAAGUGGCUUAGUGACAGGUACGGCGGACCGACCUUCUACGUGACGGAGAAUGGAACAAGCUUGAAGGGCGAGAGCGACCUGCCGCUAGAGAAACUGCUGGACGACGAGUUCCGGUGCGAGUAUUUCAGAGGCUACAUCGGAGCUAUGGCAGAUGCCCACGCAAAAGACGGCGUGGACGUCAGGGGCUACUCGGCCUGGAGUCUUAUGGAUAACUUCGAAUGGGCCGAGGGGUACGAAACCCGCUUCGGCGUCACCUACGUCGACUACGAGGGCGGGCAAAAGCGCUAUCCAAAGAAGAGCGCGUACGAGAUCGGCAAGAUCUUUGCGAAGUACAUCAAAAAGGAGUAA